ACCCUGGUUAGGCGCAGAGUGCACAGCAGGGACGCAAAGACCGACAGCAGCCGAGCGCAGCAUUUCUUUUGUGGGUAAUCUUGCGGAAGUCACCGCAUGAGCUGCCAACUUCACCACUGAGACACAACCUCAGCAGAUGAGGCUUCUGCUUUCCAGCAAUCGUUGCUGCCGGGUGUGGGACAUGACAUGUGCAGCGUGGCCUGCAGAGGUAUUCUACAAGGCGACUAACACCCCCUCCAUCACCACACUGCGCGUCUGCCUCUUGGCGCUCUAAACCGAUCAUAGGUGGAAGUCCGGAGCCGCAGCAGCCCAACCGUGCCAUCCAUCCACCAUACCUCCAGAGUGUGCUCAGGCUGGCCGGCUGCUGCACAGGCACCAUGGAGCAGAAAUCACCCAAGGAUGAGGGCACCGGCAAGGGACAGGAGUCCUACCAGCGGAGGAUUUGGAAGAAUUUCCAGGGGAAAACCAAGCCCUGGCUGAGUCCAAAAGUGGGCUCGGAGCGUCGCGGCGCAGGGGGCGCGGAGGGCAGCAAGAAGGAAUCGGGGCUGUGGAUGUUCAAGAGGAAAAAGAAACAGUUCGACCGGGUGUUCUCGUCGUCGCAGCCCAACCUGUCCAGCUCUCCGCCGGCCUCCUUCGAAGGGGAUACGCGGUCCGGUGGCGGCGACGCGGUCCCCGGCACCAGCGCGGACGGACGACCCCUGCUGCAUCCCCUUGGCGCAGCCUCUGGAGCCACGGGGAGCAAGCCGGAGCUGACGACUCACGGGAGCCCCCAGCUCGCCGUGUCCCAGCUCAUCACGCACCAGCAGAAGAGCUCCUCUCUGGGCUCGGCGUGCUUCGAGACACUGGUGGUGGAGCCGACCGUGGAGCUGGGAGAGGAAAAGCAGCUGCGUAAAGACGCGAGCGAUUCCGGCAUCAGCAUAGUGGGGCCCAGUAAUGCAGAACCCCCACCUCGUCCUCCAAGUCCAGCCAUGUACCAGGUGGAUAUCGUCCUGAAGAAAGGGAACAACCUGGCCAUCCGAGAUCGGACAGGGACCAGUGACCCGUAUGUGAAGUUCAAGAUCGCAGGGAAGGAGGUGUUCAGGAGUAAAACCAUCCACAAGAACCUGAACCCGGUGUGGGACGAGCGAUUUACCCUACACGUGGAAACCCUGAAGGACCCGCUCUAUGUCAAGGUUUUUGACUAUGACUUUGGAUUCCAGGAUGAUUUCAUGGGCUCAGCAUAUCUCCACCUGGAGUCACUGGAACAUCAGAGGACCCAGGAUGUGACGCUGGACCUGAAGGACCCACAGUUCCCUGAACACAACCUGGGCAUCCUGGAUCUUUCUGUCACUCUGUCACCGAAGGAGGGAGACAUCAGGGACGCUUAUCAGAGUAUGCGUCUGUCAGAUGUGCACAGAAAGUCCCAGCUGUGGCGAGGUAUAGUCAGCAUCAGUCUGAUAGAAGGUCGCGGCCUGCAGCCCAUGGACGCCAACGGCCUCAGUGACCCUUACGUCAAAUUCAGGAUGGGGCACCAGAAGUACAAGAGCAAGACAAUUCCCAAAACGCUGAACCCCCAGUGGAGGGAGCAGUUUGAUUUCCACCUGUACGAGGAGCAGGGAGGUUUUGUAGACAUCACUGUGUGGGACAAAGAUGCUGGCAAGAAGGAUGACUUCAUGGGAAGGUGUACCAUUGACCUGUCGCAGCUCAGUAAAGAGCAGACACACAAGCUGGACCUGCCGCUGGAGGAAAACGAAGGCGUGAUGGUGCUACUGGUUACACUCACUGCCUCUGCUGCCGUUUCCAUCUCAGACCUAUCAAUCAACAUACUGGACGACCCGAACGAGAGACACCAGAUCAUGCAGAGAUAUAGCCUGUGGAGGUCGCUGCACAACCUGAAAGAUGUCGGCGUGGUGCAGGUAAAGGUCAUCAGGGCGGAGGGACUGAUGGCGGCAGAUGUCACAGGUAAGAGUGACCCGUUCUGUGUGGUGGAGCUGAGUAACGAUCGGCUGCAGACUCACACCGUCUACAAAAACCUCAACCCAGAGUGGAACAAGGUCUUCACUUUUAACGUGAAGGACGUCCACUCGGUACUCGAGGUCAGCGUUUACGACGAGGACCGAGACAGAAGUGCCGAUUUCCUGGGGAAAGUGGCUAUUCCUCUACUAAAUAUCCAAAAUGGAGAACGCAAAGCCUACGCCUUGAAAAGCAAGGAGCUGACAGGGCCAACAAAAGGGGUCAUCUUUCUCGAAAUAGACGUGAUAUUUAAUGCUGUGAAGGCUGGUCUCAGGACGCUGAUCCCCAUCGAGCAGAAGUACAUCGAGGAGGAGCCCAGAGUGUCCAAACAGCUGCUGUUACGCAACUUUAACAGAGUCAGACGCUGCAUCAUGUUCCUCAUCAAUACUGGCUGCUACAUCAACAGCUGCUUCGAAUGGGACUCACCACAGAGGAGCAUCUGUGCUUUCUUGCUUUUUGUGAUCCUGGUUUGGAACUUCGAGCUCUACAUGAUCCCACUGGCGUUGAUGCUGCCGUUGGCCUGGAACUACAUCCUCAUCGCGUCGGGGAAGGACACCAGGCAAGAUGUGCAAGCGAUGGAGGACCUGCUGGACGACGAGGAUGAGGAUUUUGACAAAGAUGACAAGGACCCUAAACCAGGCCCCUGGGAGGAUGGCUGUGAUAAAAACCAUAUCCUCGAGGAUAUGUUGGCUUCCUGGCACUUUGAGUGGAUACGAACGAUGGUGGACUCGGAGAGAAAGGGCUUCAUGAACAAGAUUUAUGCCAUUCAGGACGUGUGCAUCAGUGUGCAGAAUGCGCUGGAUGAAGUGGCCUCCUAUGGCGAGAGGAUAAAGAACACAUUUAACUGGACCGUGCCUUUCUUAAGCUGGCUGGCCAUUGUGGCUCUCGGAUUGGCCACCACCAUCGUUUACUUCAUCCCUCUACGAUACAUCGUGUUGGCCUGGGGGGUGAACAAAUUCACCAAGAAGCUGCGAGACCCUUACACCAUUGACAACAACGAGCUGCUGGACUUUCUGUCCAGAAUGCCCUCAGAUGUACAAGUGGUGCAGUACCGAGAGCUGAAACUGGAUCCCAGUCCCAGUCCAAAUAAAAGGAAGAAAAACAACCCGGGUAGAUGACUGUGUCCGCCCACUGACUCGUCUCUCCUCCACUCUCCUUCUCUCUGUGUAUGACCGGACGCCGAGGAGCAGAGGAAGCUCUGGACGCGCUCAGCUCCACCGACUUUUCUUUUUCUUAUCUCCCAUUUUCCUCUCUUAACCCAUUUUUCUGCCUGUAAUUACUCACCAUAUACAGUGCAGUUUCUCGAUGUGUAAUUUUUGUAUAAAACAAGAUGAGACACCCCGUUGACUUGUUAUCCCCAUUAUGCUUUUGAUUGAUUUUAAAGGCGAGCGGGGAACGAUGGCUGGAAUGACCUUUUUAUCAGGCGUGUGAGCCGCGCUCCUCGUUCUCCUCCCUCCAUCACCCUGACAGCGCGGUGAACUCUAUCUAUUCUCCUGCCACAAGUGUCAAACAAUGAGUACAAUGAGUUUCAACAUUUAUACUCACCUUUCCAAAGACAUAUUCAGAGCGUCCCUGUUUAUCAAAAAGACAAGCCUUAUAACAAUACUCUGCAUCGUCCCUCUGCGAAGGACUUUCAUUUCUUUCUCUCUCACUCUGUAUUUAUUAAAAUGACUUUGGUAAUAUGUUUAUAUUUUCUAAUUGUUUUUGUACUGAAGUAUCUUUUGUUUUCUUCCCCUCUUGGACGUGCUAAUGAUAUUAUGUUCACUGGCAGUAAUUUGGAUUGCGUGCACUUAACUCUGCCAGCCAAGUUGAUUAGCAAUUAUGGCGGUAGCCUCCAGAUAUGUCCUUCUACACAAACACACAGCUGGACCGAUUCGUGCUGGUGUCUCUCUGUGUUGAACAAUGGCCAAACAAUUUUUUUUUCUUUUUCAAAUUCGCGAUAUGUGGUUAUUUAUUGUUUAAAGACGUCUAUGUGUUGUGUUGAAGAAAAACAUGUAUAUACAGAGGUUAGCAUUCUAAGCAGCUAGCCCCAGAGUGACCGUGAUAGUGAGUCACUGCAUCUUCCAGUCGAUCCUCAGUCGAACGCGAGAGGAUGAAGAAGUUACUGUGAGUCGACUCUGAGCUUGUGAUGGUGCCGUCAACCUUCCUCUAAAUCCUUGUCUCAGUUCAGGGGCUGUAUCCU